GGUUGUGUAACUAUGAACUACACCGGUACUUCUCUCCUACCCACAAAACAAACACACUGGCCAGAUUUUGUUUUAUCAACUUCCUUACAGUACCCAUUCAUAUUAUCUAUCGUAAAGCCACGCCCAACCGUCAACCAUUAGUAUGGUUUAAUUCACUCCCUUCGCCUCUCAUUUCUACUAGUUAUAUAACAAAAAGGCCAGAAAUGAGUACAAUCGCUACACACACACCAGCAGUAAUCAAAGCAACACAACUUGCAGCAUUCAACCCAUUUCUCUCUUCAUCUAAACCACCCCUUCCUCCAUGUUUAUCUCUCUUUGAGAACCCUAUUUCAGGUUCACGCGGUUUAUCCUCAAAGGACAACGCUUUCCUCAGGGGCCAAUUUAACAACAGCCGGUUUAUGAAUUUUUAUGCUAGCCGUGCUCCCAGAAAGCAAAGAGGUCUCGUUGUUUCACCAAGUUGUGUCCUUCCACUGACGGAGGAGAAUGUUGAGAAGGUUUUGGAUGAGGUACGUCCUGGCUUGAUGGCCGAUGGAGGGAAUGUGGCUUUGCAUGAAAUAGAUGGUCUUGUCGUGGUCUUGAAGUUGCAAGGAGCAUGUGGUUCAUGUCCAAGCUCAACAAUGACCCUAAAGAUGGGAAUUGAAACUCGGCUCCGAGAUAAAAUUCCUGAAAUCAUGGAAGUAGAGCAGAUCAUGGACACAGAGACAGGGCUUGAGUUAAACAAAGAGAACAUUGAAAAGGUUCUAGAUGAAAUUAGACCAUACUUGGUAGGUACAGGAGGUGGAGAACUUGAGCUUGUUGAGAUAGAUGACUAUGUUGUAAAAGUUCGGCUUAGCGGACCUGCAGCUGGAGUUAUGACUGUCCGUGUUGCUUUAACUCAAAAAUUGAGGGAAAAAAUACCUGCUAUUGCAGCUGUUCAACUGCUUGAUUGACAGAAAACAACAAAGAAUGCCAUUUUUGUAAAGUUGAAAUACCAUUCACUGCCAAUAUAAAUCCUCAUGGCAACUGUAAUUGAACUUUUAAAUCCUUACAUGAAAACAGCUAGUUUUUUUUAUUUGCA